UUUUUGUGGGGUGGGGAAACGGACAUCGAGAUUUCAGCAGGCCUUGUGAAUCGGAGAGAAAAUGGGGUCGAGUGUAAGAGAGGAUCAGACGCCGCAGCAUCACCCGCCUCACAUCAGCAGUCUCGUCGUGCGUCCUUCCGGUAGCAACGACGGAGAAGGCGACCGCCACGCCGUCGCCGGAGAUGACUCUCGUGACCGUCCCUCAUUUGCUCGCUCCGAUCGUCAUAAGAGUGACAAUGGGCAUAGAACUCGUGCAAGUUCUAGCUCACCACCACCCCGUCGUCCAUUUGAAGAUCACCACCGACACGGCUCGGAUCUGAAUCAUUCAGGAGUUCCACUUCGUGGUGGCCGAGAUUUCAGCAGCAGAAGAGAAUCAUCUGGGAGAUACAGAGACUAUUCACCGCCCCAUGCUAGAGUUGGUCGUCGCUUUGAUGGGCCUGAACCUGCUCAUGGCCGCCCUUUCAAAAGCGAUGGCAUUGGCAGAAACAACAAUUACCCAAAAGUGCAACCAAGAGAUGGAGAUUGGUACUGUCUAGAUCCACUAUGCGGUAACUUGAACUUUGCCAGACGAGAAGUGUGUUUCAAGUGCAAGAGGCGUCGCUAUGCACCUGCCAAUACUCCUCCACCGCCUCGUCUUCUUCCUCCCGUGAAUCUCUCCCCAAGAAGAGACUUCAAUGGCUACAGGUCUCCUCCACGUGGCUACCCCAGAGACUACCCGCCGCCAAGACUUGACCAUCCCACAUGGAGAGAAAGAGACAGAGAAGGAGGAGACCGUCUGCGUUACUCAAACCUCGAGUAUCCUCCUAACAGAAGAUUAGCAUCUGACUGGGUCCCGGAACCUCACUAUGAGAGACGACCACCUCUCAGUCCACCGCGUGGUGGCGGAUGGGGACGACAUUCAAGAGAGAGGAGCAGGUCGCCGCCAAUGAGAGACAACCCUCCACCACCGCUAAGAGAUUACCGCCGUGAUAGUUACUUAGAGAGAGGAGGGAGAGACGAUCAGCGUGGUGGCGACAGAGACAGGAUGAGAAACGCUUACUGAUACCAGAACAGUGUGUAUGUCUUGGGGAACGUGGAUGGUUUAGACAGUCGAAAAUUUUCCCUGAAAAUCAAAGCGACCUUUGUAUUACACCUUAGAUUCUUUUGUGCUAAAUUUGAAUGUUUAGCGAA